CCAGCCUCUGUGUAUUCCGUCCAAUGCUGCCCUUUCAAAGGCUUUCAUCCACAUUUGUCCCCUGGAAUAGCAACUUUCCACCUAGGGUCAUGUCUCAGCCUGCCUAGGACGGAUUCUGCCCUGUGCUACACCCUGCAAAUCUGUGCUGUCAUGCGCGACUACCGUGCAGUGUCACGUCGCGGUGACGUUGGCUUGGAUUGACCAACCUCUUCAGCACUAUACUAGUAUUCUCGAAGACUUGGAUUUCUUUCGCUACUCGUACACUCUCACUGACAAACACCAUUGAACUUCUGUUAGCAGCAAGUAUCCGUACUCAAUCCCACCGACUGAUUGGAAUGCAAGGGAACACGCGCUAGACUUCACGUGUCCAGCCUUUGUUUUCCUCUGUCUUUCCUGCAUUGCAUCGGCGUUGAACACAUUUUCUCAUCCUUGUACAAUAUGUUGAGCUCACCUGCGGAGUUCGUGCUCACUGCACUCAUCCUCACCUCAAUAUCACUUCCAGCUGCGGCUCAAACAUAUACGUCAUGUAACCCGUUGACGGAGAGUGGAUGUCCAGCCGACACAGCUCUAGGGAAGAGUCUGACUAUCGACUUUACCUCCGGUGCCUCCUCCCAGUUCAACGUUUCGGGAUCCCCAACCUACGGUGACAAGGGCGCAGAGUUCACCAUUAAAGAGUCUGGCGACGCUCCCACAAUUACCUCAAAAUGGUACAUUAUGUUUGGUCACGUCGAUUAUGUUAUUCAGGCGGCUCCAGGAACGGGCAUAGUCAGCGCCGCGGUUUUGCAAUCGGAUGACUUGGACGAGAUCGACUGGGAAUGGAUCGGAGGCGACGACACUGAAGCGCAAAGCAACUAUUUUGGAAAAGGCAUCACAACAGAAUACAACCGUGGUGGUACCCACAGCGCUCCGGACAAUCACGACGAAUUUCAUACCUACAGCGUCGAUUGGACUGCCGAUGAGAUACUCUGGUCAAUCGACGGCACGACCGUUCGAGCCAUGACUCAAGCUGAAGCCGACUCUGGCCAAUACCCUCAGACACCCAUGUAUGUCAAGAUUGGCAUAUGGGCUGGAGGUGAUCCAUCAAAUUCGGCUGGAACCAUCGAGUGGGCAGGUGGUGAGACGGAUUACUCGGAUGGUCCUUUCACCAUGUACCUCAAAUCUGUCACUGUCAAGGAUUAUUCGACUGGAUCUUCAUACUCGUACUCGGGUACUAGCGGCACGUGGGAGUCUAUCGUUUCGGACGGUGGCGAGGUCAACAGCUCAGGCAACAGCACGUCCGACUCAACGAGCACCGCCAGCGCUGCUGCCACGACAUCUACCGCCUCGAGCAGUGCUGGACUUGCAUACAGCAACAGUGGGAGUGAUAGCUCUAGCUCGACAAGCCAUACUGGUUGGCCGUGGGUGACAACAUCAGGAACCGCAACCGCUACAGCAAGCAGUACGAGCGUCACCGUGUCCCCAUCCAACUAUACGUCCUACUCGGCAGUCUCUGCGUCGGCUUCGGUAUCGUCCUCUUCCCCUGAGUAUACAAACACUUCUCAAACCACAACCCUUCUCCAGAAUUCCACCACCACGAGCGGAUCUCAAUCAUCAAGCACGCUGGCUACGACAAACACCACUAGGAGCGCUGUAUCAGCUUCGCCCGCGGCAGCCUCCGCGUCCUCAAAUACAAAUACCACCGUUACUCGAGGACCUUUGUCAGCAUCGUCCACGUCUGUCGCAACAUUCGGCAUGAUAACCACUACCAAGUCGUCGACGACUACUAGUGGUGACACAUCAACCUCUGUAUCAGGAAUAACGACCUUUGUUCAAUCGGGAAGCUCGUCGACGGCUACGGCCUCAGUGACAACGACACCGGCUGCAGUGAAUACUGCGAACGGAUAUUUUCCCCUUAGUCUUUGGGGUAUGCUUGUGUGCUUGGUGGCCACAUUGUAUUUUGUUUAAAGAGUUGGCCAAACGAAUUACGGCACAUUUGUCAGAAUGCUUGGUUUAUUGAUGGAGGGUGGCGUUGGAAGGAUUCUAGAAGGCCAAGAAAAAGCCGCAUUGCAGGACCAGGAACGGGCAGCAAGGCUGCGAAAAAGCCUUGGAUAAAAGCGACGACUAUGAUACCCAUGUAAAAAAGAAGGGGCUCCAAGUGAGUCUACUAUGUAGUAAUAUUAGAUACAUGAAUCGAAAUAUCAAACCAAA